AGAGCUGAGCCCACUAUAGACAGUCGCUGCUUGGUCGCUGCAGGUGCAGUCACGAUGUACUCUAGUCAGUGACACUACAGCACUGAGCUGCCGUGGACGCUAGGAAUGCGCAUGGAAGCCAGCAUGUUGGUCCACACCGUGCUGCUGCUCCUGGGAGGAUGCUGGGCUCUGCCGCAGGACAUCCGCAUUGUCGGAAUGUUCCACAAGGACGUGGACGACCUGCAGGACGAGGCGUUCAGGUGCGCCGUGGACCGGCUGAACGAGGAGCAGAAGCUGCUGCCCGGGUCCCGCCUGCUGCCGGAGCUGGUGUACGUGCCAGCGCACGACAGCUACACUGCGGGCAAGCUAGUGUGCAACAGGACGCAGUCCGGCAUCACGGCAGUGUUCGGGCCGCAGUCGGCCGACUGCAAGGGCGUCGUGAGCUCCAUCUGCGGCCUCGUGCGGCUGCCCAACCUCCAGACCAGCUGGGACGUGAGCGCUGACUCGCACAGCCCCGGCACCCUGAACCUGCACCCUCACCCGGACCUGCUGGCCCAGGCUGUAUUCGAUGUUGUCAAAUACCUGGAGUGGAAGACCUUCGCCGUCAUCUACCAGCGACACGACGGCCUGAUGCGCCUGCAGGAGGUGUUCAAGUCUCUGGACAAGUGGAUGGUGACGAGUGUGUACCAGCUGGCCGAGGACGGCGACUACAGGGUGAUGUUCAAGACCUUGUCAAAGAGCUCCCAGACACACAUGCUGAUAGACUGUGACACGAACCUCAUACAAGAAGUCCUCAGCCAAGCCAGAGAUGUCAACAUGUUGGGAGACUAUGAAAACUACCUCUUCACUUCUCUGGACGCGCACACUCUCGACUACAUCGAUUUCCAGCCGUUCAUGACGAACAUCACCUUCCUCAGAAUGAUAAGUCCCUCGAGUGUGGAGAUGCAGGCGGCCAUGCGCGACUGGAAUACCCGGGGCUGCAGGCCUGUCUCUGCGGAGAACAUGAAGGUGGCGCCGUCCUUGAUGUACGAUGCUGUGUCCAUGUUCGCCAUCUCCCUCAUCAGGGCAGACGCCUCGGAGCCAAUAGAGAGCCAGAGUCUGAGCUGCGCGAGGCCACAGCCCUGGGUGCAUGGCGAGCAUGUCAACAGGUACAUGAAAAUGUUCAAGUUCCUGGGGCUGAGCGGAGAGGUGUCGUUCGACGCGCUCUCAGGCCGGCGCAAGGACAUCACCCUGGAGGUGAUGGAGGUGUCCCACGCCAAGCUCAGGAAGAUCGGCAACUGGACCAUGCACGGCGGCAUCACGCAGGAGAAGGACUACGGCGCGCAGGUGUCGCAAGAAGCCAAGCAGAUGAUGCGCAACAAGACCUUCAUUAUCGCUUCCAAGAUAGGGAAACCGUACCUCGACUGGAAGAACCGAAGUGCUUCGGGCAAUGACCGCUUCGAAGGCUUCUCCCUGGACCUGAUCGACGCAGUAGCGAAAUUCUGUCAUUUUAAGGCAUAUGAGUUUAAAAUAGUGCAGGAUAAUCAGCAUGGAAAAUUGAACACAGAAACUGGACAGUGGAACGGGAUCAUGGGAGAAGUUAUUAGCAGGAGAGCUGACAUGGGCAUCUGCGACCUCACGAUCACCUACAGCCGGGGAUCAGCGGUGGACUUCUCGGCGCCCUUCAUGAACCUGGGAAUCAGUAUUCUGUUCACAAAGCCCACAAAAGAUCCUCCAGAAAUGUUUUCUUUCUUCUUUCCAUUUUCCUUCGACGUGUGGGUGUACAUGGCGACUGCCUUUCUGGGGGUCUCCCUGGUGCUGUUCGUUCUGUGCAGGAUUACUCCUCACGAGUGGGACAACCCAAAUCCAAUGGACGACAACCCAGAGGAGCUGGAGAAUACAUUCAAUCUGCUGAACUGCCUGUGGUUCUCAAUAGGAUCAAUUAUGGCUCAAGGGUGUGACCUUCUGCCUAGGGCCGUGUCCACGAGGAUGGCUGCAGGAAUGUGGUGGUUCUUCGCCCUCAUCAUCACCUCCUCCUACACAGCCAACCUUGCUGCCUUCCUCACCAACAGCAGGAUGGACGACACCAUCGGGAGUGUGGAGGACCUCGCUGCUCAAACCAAAGUCAAAUUUGGAUCCUUGAGAGGAGGUGCCACUGCUCAGUUCUUUGAAGCAUCAAACUACACUGUGUAUCAGAGGAUAUCAGCAAUGAUGAAGCAGACCAAGCCUGAUGUAUUCACCAGCUCCAACCAGGAGGGAGUUGAUAGAGUGGUCAAAGAAAGGGGGAAGUAUGCUUUCUUCAUGGAGUCUAUUAGUAUAGAGUAUGAGACAGAACGCAACUGCGAACUUAUGCCGAUCAAUGGUCUUCUGGACAGCAAGGGAUAUGGCAUCGCUCUUCCAUUCAAUUCCCCGUACAGGACAUUUGUAAGCGAGGCAAUACUGAAGCUGUCGGAGACAGGCAAGAUCAAGGACAUCAAGGACAAGUGGUGGCUGGUGAAGGAUGGCACCGGCUGCAGCGAGCUGUUACAGCAAAAGGAGGAAGAGAACGCGGACGAGCUGACCAUGGCCAAUGUCGGAGGGGUGUUUCUUGUUCUCAUGGUGGGAUGCUGCGCUGCCUUCAUCGUUGCCAUCCUCGAGAUGCUGUGGAACUGCAGGAAGAUCGCUGUGGAGGAGAAGAUAACCCCCUGGGAAGCGCUGCUUUCGGAACUCAAGUUCGCAGUGAACCUGUCGCAGACAACGAAGCCCAACCGGAAGAAAAAAAGCGAAAAGUCCAACAGUUCUGCCGAUUCUUCAGUGUCUGGCUCCGAUUUGGUAGCAGCCAGUCGUAAAUAGCGGCCUCUUCUAAUUCUUAAAACUAAGUGCUAAUGUAAAUAAAUAUAAUUUCAAUAAAUUAAAAAAAAA